AUGUCGACCACUCGUGGGAGCAACCGGACAUGGCGACUACUCCAUGUCCUCGCCGUUCAUGCCGCAUGGCUCGCAGCAAGUUGUGCCGCACGGAGACUGGAAGACUAUGUCGAGAAGCGAGACGAUGUGCUCUACUUCGACGUCGAGUGGCCGAGGCCCGGGCAUGUUUUCUUGGCGGGGAGGGAGGAGAUGGUGUUGUCAGUAGCUGUGUUCGACAUGUACAAGUUCCAGGACAGGGAGCACACACUGCAGAUCGAGGUCUUGAGGUCAACAAACGCCACCGUCUUCCAGCUGUCGGAUGGGAUUCACUCCUCGAACUCGCAGCUGAUGGAGCGGACGGAGACAGAGAAGCUGCUCAAUGUGGGUCUCCACAGCCUCGAGACCGGGAGGUACCUGCUCAAUGUCCGGCUCCACUUCCAGGGAGUCCCGGUUCAGUCAGAGAGCAUGGCGUUCGGCAUUGACGUGCCGUAUGACAUGUCGAGCAAGGCGAGCAUGAGCGGCGGUGAAGGCUUCCAUGUGGUUGGUCUUGUUCGAGCCCGAAAUUGUGAGAGAUCGGUAAAGGAUUUCUUGCGAGCGCUGGCUAGAUUCGUGAAUGCGAUCGUUGUGUUGGAUGAUUCGUCUGAGGAUCGAACAGCUGCGAUGGUGCGCGAGGGAGAGUUAAUGGCUGGUGUUGUUCUCACCGCUGUGAAGGUGGAGGAGGUGUCGGAAGAGUGCAAAGUUGCCAAAGUUUUGAAGAAAGAUUCUCGUUGGAACCCGAACAAGUGGUUGGACAUGCAAACUUUGCUCGAGGAAGGGAGGAUGAUUGGAGGGACCCACUUUGUUGUUCUCCAUUGUGAUGAGGUGUUCACUACGAGCAUGAUCUCAGAUGGAUGGUGGCAAUCGCUGAAGAACCUUGAGUUAGAUGAAUCCGAUAUUCAUCUCUGCAUGAACUCACGGUGCGCUCCCAUGCAGGAUGGGCGACUCGCUGGCACUCCCCUGGAUUCACUUCUGGAAGAGCCUGCGGUGGUGGAUAUCGCUUUCAAGGACGACGGAAAGUGCAGCUACCUGUCAAAUGCUGCAGCCUACGAAGACUUGAAGGGGAAAGAUUGGGAGAAUCGAGACACAAUCAUGCGGCACAGUGACGACACCAGAAAGUAUGUCAACUGGGUUGAAGCUAUGGAGAAGAUCAUUCUGCAGAGAAUGAUGUUGAGAGCUAAAGAUCCCUCGAUCCCUUCCCAAGUCCUCAACAAGAUCUUCAUGGAUGUCAUUGACGAAGCUGGUGUACACGGUAUUGGUGCUCCGAGCAAUAUCCUGGGGAGCUGGAGGGACUUUGGGGUUGAUAUCGAGGGAGCGUUCGGAAUGAAGGAGAACUUUGUAUACCAACAAGUUUGGAGUGAGCCGGAUGAUCGACUGGAUGUCUCCGAUCAUUCUCCUCGCGUCUCUGUGUUGGUUGCAACAAAACGUCCAGGAGGAAUGGAUGCUGUGCUUCACAGCUUGUCAAAACAAACCAGCAAGAACUUUGAGCUAGUCAUUGUCGACGAACUCUGGCAGAGGGAGCAUCUCAUUCGCUCUCGCGCUAACGAGCUCGGCAUCAACAUCCGCGCGAUCUCCACGUCAAAACCCAAGGGCUCACCGCAGGCCUUUGGGUUUCAGAACGCGUGGAAUUCAGGGUUAGCGUCUGUUCGAGCUCCUUACAUCGCCAUUCUCAACGACUACGCGUGGGUUCCAGAGACUUUUGUUGAGAACAUCAUUCUCUUCUACGAGGGAUCAAGGGACGAUCUCCCUCCCCCUCAUCAUCGCCGUCUUUGCCUGAUCUCAUGGCCGAUCAUUCAGUUUGCAGUCCCCGAAGAUUACCUUGACCGUUCACAGCUCAUGAACUUCUCGACACUGUCGGUCUUUACCGAUGAGCUCACGGGCCCUCCGAGUCAGCGAGGAUGGAGCAUCAGCGACAAGCUCGGGCCAAGAGACUCGCUUCUCAACAGGUUCAAACCUCACUGGUUCUGGGAUGGACAAGCUAUGAUAAUAACUAGAGGGAUGAUGGAACUUGUGAAUGGAUUCGACGAGAUGCUUGACUAUGGCAAUGAUUGUCACAUGCAAAACAUUCGCGACAGAGCAGCGCUUGUUGGUGGACAGGGUUGGAAGCGCCUUCGUGCUGAAAACUUUGGGUUCUCCUUGUCAGAAUACUAUGAGAAGCAGCUAUAUGAAGAUCGAGUGAUAACUGGCGGUGCCACAUUUGAAGUACCUCUUCAUAUUAACGGGGAGAUCCCGAAGCACGUGAUUAAUUCCGAGAUGGAAGAAAACUUCUGA